GGGAACCUCAUCCUCAUUUGGGUGACACUGGAGGUGUGGUCUGUCCUCAGAGACCACAUGGUCCAAAUCGUCUUAUUAGGCAUGAAGUGUUCAGUCAGUUCUCAAAGUGUUGGAAGAAGGAAAAAUGAAGAGCACAAUUGCUGAAAAUGUUAAAGCUGACUAUGAUAUGUCAGUACAUUGCAGUCUGCAUUCUGAACCAUGGAGCAUUGGAAGAACGUGGUCUGGUUUGAGGAAUGAUGCUGAGGUGUGUGUGCAUCAUGUACCUGCAUGCCUGGAAGAGUUGGGAUGAAGAUUCAGUAUCUGAAGAAGGCAAAGUUUUGGAGUGAUUUGCGGAUCUUCGGCCUCUCUGCUUUACAGAGAAAGAUGAGUAUAGCACGUCUCUGGAGAUCUUACCAGGGGGUAAUGGCCAAAAAGCCAUGGACUGUCCAAAUAAUCACAGCUGGCUCUCUGAUGGGAGUAGGGGAUAUCAUCUCGCAGCAGCUAAUUGAAAGACGAGGCUUGAACAAGCAUAACAUUAUACGCACCACAAAGAUGAUGAGCAUUGGCUUCUUUUUUGUCGGACCAGUAAUUGGUGGAUGGUACAGAGUACUAGACAGACUUGUCAUUGGGACGACCAAAGGCACAGCUCUGAGGAAAAUGCUAAUUGACCAGGCCUGCUUUGCUCCUUGUUUUCUCGGAACGUUCUUAGGAAUCUACGGAGUUCUUAAUGGGCUCACUGUGGAAGAGAACGUAGCUAAGCUCAAGAGGGACUAUGCAGAUGCCUUGAUCACCAAUUACUAUUUGUGGCCUGCUGUUCAGAUCGCCAAUUUUUAUUUCAUCCCCCUUCAACACAGGUUGGCUGUUGCGCAGAUUGUUGCUGUGGUAUGGAAUUCAUACCUCUCAUGGAAAGCCAAUAAAAUGUAGAGCGAUGUAUUGCCUUACUGGUGCAUUUUGUGGAAAUUCAUUGGGGUAACAAAUUAACUUCAGGAAUUCAUUUUAGGAAUAAAAAUUGUAAAAGGAAAAGACAAGAAAGACCAAUAUAAAUACACUAUUUUCAUGUUACACUAGGGGAAUGGAAUGUCAUUAUUAUUAUUUUAUUAUUAUUAUUAUUAUUAUUUCUGUUGUUUUCAUUGCUGCUGCUAAAGUUAUCAUUAUUACUACCAUUCACCAUUUUAAAUGAUAGUUUACAAAAUCUCUUGUCAUCGCAAUUUUCCUUCAAAUUUGAGGAAUAUUUUCUAUGAAAACUGGAACAUGUUGAACACUUCCUGCCAUGCUAUGUUUUUCUUUUUUUCUUGACUAUUUAAGAGCAAAAUUUUGUGAAUAGUCAUCUCUCUGUAGUGAGGCAGUUAUGAGCUUCUAUGAACUGUGAAUUAAAGAUUUUUACUCAAGCAGGUAGUUGAUAUUGAAAUAAACAUCUCUGUGGAUAGAUUUUAUUUCACUUUUCCCGGAGAGGUUUCACAUGUAUUAAGUUACAAUUUAUUAAAACGUAAUUAAUUAAAACCAUUAAAAUUUGAGUGUUGGUGUUCCUUUAAGUUUUUAGGAAUGAUAUAUCAUCUGUCAGUUACAUAUGUAUAAGUCAUGUCUUUAGGCGAGACAUCAUGGAAUUGUAUCCACCUUCCAGAUUUCCUGCAGCAUUAAAGACUACAUAAGAUUG